CAGGGCCCGUGAUUCGAGUGGUCUGGAGACGUGUGGGCGGGGCCCGGGGAAGGGCGUUGGGGCGCCUAUCUCUCACCGAGAUUUCACGGAGGGUGGGCGUUCCUCUCUGAGCGGCCGAGGAGGCCCUGAGAUGUUGAGUGACUUGUCCAGCCUCACGCAGCCCACGACCGAGCGUCUCACUGCGGGCGCGGGGACGCGGGACUCGGGUCCCGGUCUGUCGAGGAAAUCGAUGGACUGAUUCGUGGAACGUGGUGGUUUGCAGAGUGAAAAGACGGGGUCUGGAAGACGAUGAUAAGUGUCCGACUCCCGCCGGCUCGGCCGCUCUGAGGUCGCGGGGACUCUGCGCUCCUGGUCCUCGGAGAGGUCCGAGUGGCCGUCCCUGGAUUGUGGGUAUUGGCGGAGAGCCAGAGGAUCCUGGUCAUUGCUUGGAGGGACUGGGGUGGGCGCCAGUGGGGGUCGAGGUGGGAACCGCGGAGAUACCGGAAGAGAGCAGAGGGAUCGGUGAGACUCCCGGGGAGGAGGCCUCCCUACCCCCGCACCCCAUCCCCCGACGCAGUGCCCUUCGCAGGCAGGUGGAGGAGAGGAAGCCAUCCCAGGAAGUGGAAAGGGAAAGGCUGAGGGGCUGCCAGGAGCGGAGAAGAAAGAGGGGUGGGCGGGGUCACACGCGACUGAAAGGAUGGGGAAAGGCAGACUGGACAAGUGACCCUGAGGUGAGGGAGCCCGAUGACGCUGCCCAGAACCCUGUCGGGGAGAUGUGCGGGGUUUAGCCAAGAAAGGGAGCUGCUGGGGUGGGGGCGCGAGGGGUCUGAGCUGGAGAAAAAGAGCAAGUUGGCAGGGCAGGGAGCCUCUAGCAAGGCACAAGCUUCGGAGAAGGGGCUUCCGGAGAAGUGGGAGGGGUCCUUACGGAGAGGGUCUCUGGAGUAAGCAGAAAAGGAGGUGGAGCCCCUGUCUGAGUGAGACCUGUCAGCAGACCAGGCCAGGGAGAACUUAGUGAAGAGGGCUGUGAGUGUGCAGGUGAGGCCUGUGGCGGGAGAGCCAGCAAGGUAGGAAGAGAGUGAGGGCAGGGGUCCCAGGGAGUAGAGGGGCUUGCAUGCAGGGCUCUGGGGCGGUGUGUUUGAUGGCACCAAUGCCGUCAGGUAGACCUUGCAGGGAUGGAGGCAAGAUAGCUAUCAGGAGAAGGUGACAUAAGAGGGAUUGAAGGAAGGCCACAUGCUGAAGGCACAGGGGAGCAGAGGGGACUGGUGUACGAGGUCCCCAGAGUGGCAACAGACUGGGGUGGCAGGGAUGGGGGAUCAGGAGGCAGCACGGCCCACAGCAGGGCCAGGAGCUGGGGGCACCUGGGCCUCCAUGGGUAGGGUGAGGGGUUCUGGGGUUAGCUGGGAAUAGGCCCAGGGGACUGGAAGGGCGGCAGGAAAGUGGGAUGGAGGUGGGGAUGGUGUUUGGACACAUGGGCUGUGAGGUUCCUGGGAUGGAGUUGGACGGGGUACGGGUGGACCUUCAUUCUUCCUCUGCCCCUGACCUGCUGCCAAGGCCCUGGGUGCAGCCAGGAAGAGGCUGACCUGGCCCCAUUGUGUCCAGGGUCUUGCCACAUUCUAGGGUGAGACGGGGGCAACAGUGCCAGCCCAGGAGCCCCAGGAGCUGGCUGGCAGCUGGGAGCCCCCACUAGGGGCCCUGGGCCCAGGGAGGCCUGGAAUUGUGCUGCUCCAGGGGCUUGCUCGUGUGGGUUCCUCCCAAAGGCCUACCUGGAGGCAGCAGGUGAGGCGUCAAGGGAGGGCAGCCAUUAAUGGGGCUCCAGGAGAUGCAGACACCUGCCUGAUGUUUAUCACACCCCCUGCCUUGUGCUUGGUGCACCUGUCCUUGCGGAGAUGGGGGUACUGGCUGGCGUCCCUCUCACAGUCCAGAGACCUGAGACUUAGCUCCAUCUCACUGGCCUGAAUAUCAGCUUCUCUGUGAGGCCACUGAGCCUGGCACACAGCAGGGGCCCUGAAGAUCUGGGGCAGCCUCAGUGGGCAUGCAGUUCUCAGGCCUUCAAGAGGGGCCCACCUGCCUCUGCCCCCAGAUGAGGCCCUCUGUCUCCACGAGUUGCCUCUGUUCAUGCUGGUCAGCUGGUGGCCUUUGCUGUGCUGUCCAAGUUCACCUUUUCCUUGAGUUUCAAACUUUCCCUUUUAAAGUUUUCUUUAAAACUUUCCUUUUAAAGUUGUUCUUUAAAGGUUGCUUGUCACAUACACACAGGAGUGAUUUGGUAUAAACUUGAGCAACCGUGACUCUCUUCUGCCUUGUUGGGCUUGGCUCCCCGCUCCAGCAUCAGCUGCUCCCAAGCAAAUAUCAGCACUGAGUUCCCAGCGUCUUUAAUAUGGGAACACUGAUCCUGUGUUUCAUAGGGCUCUUGUGAGGGUUGAGUGACUAAAUACACACCAAGGGUAUAAAAGGGCCCACAGACACCAGCAGAGCUGUAGAAGUCACAGAUCAGGCACAGGCAGGAGAGGUGGUCUGAGAGGGUGACCAGGAGGGAGCCCUGGCAGACUUCAAGCUCUGGGGCGCAGUCAGCUUCUUGACAAGAGUGUUAGUUUCACAGGGUAUUCUGAGUGUGAAAAUUCAUCGUGUUGUAUGCCAAAGGUAUUUGUAAUUCCUUUCUGUGUAUUCUUCUAAAAAUCAUGUUUUUUUUUAUUUUAUGUAUUAUUGUUGUUUUAGGGGGAGGUAAUCAGGCUUAUUUAUUUAUAUAUUCUUUUUUAAAAUUGUGGUACUUGGGAUUAAACCCAGGACCUCAUGCAUGCUAGGCAUGCACUCUACCACUGAGCUAUACCGUCCUCCAAAAAUCGUGUAUUUUAAAAGUGUGCAUGGGAACUGGUCAAAAUUCCUGGGAAGUCAUCAGACCUCCAAAAACCAUGGAAGGGGUGGUCCAAGCCUCCUGUAUCUCCAAGAAGAGAAGAGGAUUUGUGCUAACACCUGGGGUAAAAUGGAAGUAAAGAGAAACACAUACACGUAUAUAGACAUAUUUUUGUGGGUUUUGUGUUGUUUUAUAUACACACAUAUAAAAACAAAAAUGAAGGGAAAUAUGCAUGUCGAGGCAGGACAACAUUUAAAUAAACAAGUUCCUUCAUGAUGCUCAUAGUAGCUGAAUAUGUGUGCUGAAAGAUAUAUGUACACAUACACAUAUACUGUAUAUACAUAUAUCUAAAACGUAUAAACUUCCCUGUAAGUAUCCUGCAAAGUGUUUUCAUUCUCUUUCAAUUCCAAGUAUCAUCCACUGUCCUGUAUGAUUUUCUCUUUAUCCCAAGAGUUAAAUUAGCUUAACAAUGCUGCUUUUGUGUGGCCGGGUAGAUUUCAGUUAUUGUUAAUGUUCUCUUUUAAAAAACGUGUAGUUCCUGCUUUUGCACUUUUUAAAAAUGAGAAACCAUUUAAAUAACAUUUGAUAUUGCAUCACAUAAGAGUAAGUUUUGUGAAAGUUUUUAAAAUUAAUAUAUGCGUAAACAUUCAUCUGUAAAUAUAGAAAUCUGCGUGUGCUGGGUCACACAUUUUUUUACUGAGUCUCAGAAAAGUUUGAAAGACACGACGCUGGGGGAGCUUUUUUUUUUUUUUAAGAGGAGCUUUUUUAAAAAGAGGGAAGUGGGUGAAGGACACAUGGACCUCUCUUUACUUCCUUUGCAACUUGCUGCGAUGUGUAAUUAUUUCAAAAUGAAAAGUUGAAAAGAAAAGGGAGGGGGCUCUGCCUCAGAACCUGGUUUCCUGUAAUGAUGCUCUGGUCGCUCUGGGGGGUCUCCUGUGACGCAGGGUGCGCGCAGGGUUUGAGGCCCUGUGCGCGGACCCCAGACUCCCGCAGAGGGCUCGCCCCUCGCACCUGGGGGCUCGCCCCGAUGCGGCCCCGCGCGCGCCCCGCCCCCAGUGCUUCUCGCCUUGACCCGCCCCUCCCCCCAGUAACCAGCGGCACUACCGAAGCGCGCGGUCCUCCGAGCCUGCUAGAAUGGCGCUGCAGCCCGUUUCCGGGGGCGGGUCGGAGGCGGGUGGUCUCUCCGCUCCGCGGUCCACGCCCCGCGCUGUCGCUGGUAGCGGCCGGGGUUAAGUCGGACACUGUGGAGGGGCGCGGUCUCGUUAAUCUUUGCUGACUGAGGCUACAGCCCGCGCUGAGCACCGCGAGGGGCUGAUCCGCAGCGGGCGCCGCCCCUCGCUUCUCCUCGGUUCUGGGCCUUGGGGAGGGUCCGGGUGAGCAUAUGAUCUGUCUCCGUUUCCCCCGGGUGGAGAGGGAGGCUUGCGGACCGGGCUCGAGCCUGCAUCCCCGGAGCCCGGGUAGUUGCGCGAGCUGCAGCUGCAGGGGGAGGGAGACCCGGGAGGACCAGCUUUGCCUGGGUUUGCAUCCCCCUCGGCCUCACGCCGUUGGCGCCGGAGCGCGCCUGCUCGGGGGCGGCAGGUGCUGGUCGCCCGCCCCCGUCGGCCUCUCCCCCGCACCCUCGUUUUGUGGCGGAGAGCUGUCAGCCCCGCGCCCUUCCACCCUCACGCUGUACCUGUGCGGGUUUCCCCUCCGCGGGCUGAGUCAUUGAUUGGACAGCAUUGCGGAGCACUUCCUGUGUCCAGAGGACUCCGAUGCUGGGGAUACAAGCAGCAGUGAGGAGGCAAAGCCCCCGUACUCGUGGACCGUAGAUUGUAAUAGAGGUAUUAAGUAAGCAAAUAGUUUCUGAUUGUGAUGAGGGCUGGGAAGAAAAUAAGUCAAGGGGAUAGGACUGAGAGGUAAGAGAUUAGGGAGAGCUAUGGGCGGUCAGGGAAGGUCUCUCUAAGGAGUAACAUUUGAACUGAAACCUGAUGGCUGAGAGGCUUUUCUGAUCCCUGAAGAGAAACUUCAAAGUGAAGGGAACUGAACCGGAAUGGCCUUGGCUGUCCUGGCUGCAGUGCGGUGAGCAUGGGGGCAGGUGAGAGAGCUGGGCAAGGUGCCCCAGGCCCAUGAAGAACAAAGGUUUUGUUCUAAGUUGGAGGGAAGAAUGACUCUUGCUGGUCCUCUAGGCCCCAAUUAAAUGUAAUUCCCAAAAAAAGCCUCCCUCUAACUUAGCACCCCCUCUCUUGAUGUUUUCUCUCCUCACACUCUGAGCAGAAACCAGGUCUGUUUUAUUAUCAUUAUGACCCUUGCUCUAUUCUUUUCAAUCCAGCACUGUUUUCAUCUGAUUAAAGACAUAUCCUGGUUCCAGAAGUAGAACUAAAAGCAGGUUUUUCCCCCUGCUAACCAAGUAGUUCCUCCUGGAGGACAUGCACUGCCCAGAUAUAAGCAAACAAGAACAGGAUAGCUUCACCCUCCUAGCUGUGGAGGGUGGUAUGUAUUGAGGGGUAGGGGGCUGGGUCUCCCCCCAGAUACUUGUCCUCUGAGAUGUUCUGGUUGCCUUGUUGGGGUGAGGACAUAUCUGUCAGCUGGGGGAGCAGCAAUGGUCCAGCCAGGUCCUGCCCACAAAGACAGACAAGACUGCCCUGGACAGACAACCCAGUGGGGACUGGCUCUGCUCUUCUGUGCACUUGCCAUGUGCACUGUGCAGGCGCAGCAGGCCCACCAAGCCUCCCAGAUCAUCUUCUGGAGUCUUCUAUACUCUCAGACGGUAAAAGGGCUCUCUUGCCACUUGUCACCUCACGGCAUCACAACCACAGGCUUUCUGUUCACUGAUGCCUACAGGGGACAUCUCUUUACAAAGUAGCAGCUACUUAGGAGGCUCAAGCCCCACAGAAGAGAACACCCUAGACACCUCACCACCACCACCCAAACACAAGCUCAAGUAUCUGUUGAGGAAGGGGCUUGGAGACCAGGCCUUGUGCCUGCUCUGCAAACACCUGGCCAAAAUUGUAUUUAUUGACUUUUAAAUACCUUUCCUCUGACCAGAGGCAACAUACAUUUGUAAAUAAGUGGUAAGUCUUAGAGAAAUCAGAAAAAUGAAAAGAAGAAAAAUAAGAACAACUCAUAAUUCUGUGACCCUGCGGUUAGUGGACUAGGGUGUGUGCUUCUGGGUUUACUUUUCUGCUUGCUUCACGUGGUAAUGCAGUAAGAACGUUUUCUGAUGUUCCACAGCAUGAUCUUACUGGUUGCAGAGCCCCCACCUCGUGGAUCCACUCAUUCAUUUCACAGAUCCUUGCUGGGUUCAUGCUGUGUGUCAGGCCCUCCUUCAGCCCUGGGGGUACAGCAUGAAUACCCAGACUGCAGGCCUAGUCUCCUGGGGUGAGGCGGAUAAGAAGCGAGUGAGUUGACUGCCUUAUGUCAGAUGACAGAAGUACUAUGGAGAAAAAGAAAUCAAGGAAUGAAGCACCUGCCCUUACCCGGACAUGGACCCUGGAAUGGCGGUCCCACUCCUGAUGCCUGGACUCCAAGAGGCAACUGUGUUCAAGGACGUGGCCGUGUACUUCACGAGGAUAGAGUGGAGUUGCCUGGCCCCGGACCAGCGGGCGCUGUACAGGGACAUGAUGCUGGAGAACUGCAGGCACGUGGCCUCUCUUGGCUUUCUUGUUGCCAAACCAGCGCUGAUCUCCCUCUUGGAGCAAGGGGAGGAGCCAGGGGCCUUGAUUCUGCAGGUGGCUGAGGAGCGAGGGACCAAGGCCAGCCUGGCCUGGGAUUCCAGGGCAGAGGCCAGGGUCAAGGAUUCUUUUCUGAGGGGAGGGUACUCUAAGGAGGCAGGGCUGUUGGGCUCGGUUUGGGGGCACCUCGCAGGGAGGACCCCCCAGUUACCUGAACUGAACGGCAGUCCUGAGGAUGGGUCAGAGAAGCCACUCCUCCAGCUCCCCGCAGGCAGCACUUGCGGGGAGCUGAGCUUGUCCCCAGCGGCCCUGGAAGGAGAACGGAGGGGCCCAGGCGCCACCCACACGGCGGAGGAGAGGGCCCACAGGUGCGUGGCCUGCAGCAAGGCGUUCAAGUACAACUCGCUGCUGCGCAGACACCAGGUCAUCCACACCGGGGCCAAGCCCUACCAGUGCACCGACUGCGGCAAGGCCUUCAAGCAGAGCUCCAUCCUCCUGAGGCACCAGCUGAUCCACACGGAGGAGAAGCCCUUCCGUUGCGGCGAGUGUGGCAAGGCCUUCCGGCAGGGCGCCCAGGUGGCCGCACACCGCAGGGUCCACGCGCUGGAGAAACCCUUCCAGGGCGGCCAGUGCGGCAAGGCCUUCGGCCGCAGGUUCACGCUCAGCGAGCACCGGCGCAUCCACAGCGGGGAGAGGCCCUACGCAUGCCUGCGGUGGAGCCAGCGCUUUAUCCGCGCUGCUGGCUCCUCGUUCCUCAAGCACCGCCGGCGGCACGGCGCCGAGGGCGCCCCCGACGGCGGCGGGUGCCAGAGCCCCCCGCUCGGUGCCGCCCCGAGGACCCACUAGGGGGACGCGCUCCACCCGUGCCCCGCGUGCCGGAAGCCUUUCAAGCACGAGUCCCUGCUGCUCCUGCACCAGAGGCUGCACACGGGCGAGAAGCCCUCCGUGUGCAGGGAGUGCGGCCGCGCCUUCGCCCGGAAGUCCAACCUGACUCUGCACCAGGAGACCCACACCCAGGAGAAGCCCUUCGCCUGCACCGAGUGUGGCAAGGUCUUCCGCAGGAGCCACACGCUGACCGAGCACUACCGGCUGCACAGCGGCGAGCGGCCCUACGGGGGCCGGGCCUCCGCGAAGGCCUGCAGCCGGCUGCCCACCCUCGUCCGGCACCAGAGAGUCCACGGCGCAGAGCCGAGGCAGGGCCGGCGGGUGCCCCCCUCGGCUCCCCGCUGAGGCGACCACUGGUGGAGACCCCAUCCGGGAGAGCCCACCCUGUGCCCCUGCCGGGCGUCCGUCCGGGACGGAGCCGGACGGAGCCGGGGCUGUCGUCAGGCAGCCUGAGAGGAGUAGCGAGGACGCUCUCCACCCCACCCGCAGGGCGGACGACCACUGACCACCAGAGGGCAGCACUUUUCAGCCACCUGGGUCUGGGCCUGGAUGCUCACUCAGGCUCCAGUAAACCAUGUAGGGGUUAUGGGUGGGUUUUGUUUUCUAACCUGUUUUACAAAACUGACUUGUGAUCAGAUUUUUUUCUUAAAAAAGGAUAUGUUGUUUUCAGUUCUUCAUUAUUAGGGUUGACCGGGAUCAGACCCUGUUUGCAGGGACUCCAGCCACCUUGUGGGAGGGAAAGGGGCAUGGGGACAUUUGGAAGUCAUGGGUGGACCAAGGGUUUGAAAGGGAGCCAGGGCUGGAGGGGUGAUGGUGGCAGAGGCCAGGACUCAAGGGGUGGUCCCCGGGCUCCCUGGCAGCACCACGAGGGCCUGGCCAGGUUGGGCAUGACCUUCCUUUGCCUGACUCAUCUGCAGAUGGUGCUGUCUAAGGAGAAGACCCCUGAGGGCCUGCUGGCCAGGGAGGCCUCUUAGCGACCUCUCCUCACCAUCAGCCCCUCCACCCCAGGAAUCCUGAGAAGGCUCACAAGCUGUUGAGGCAUCUUACAAACGUGUGCCAGGAAGGAAGCCAGCAGCCCUGAGCCGGGCUGAGGGCCUGAACUGCGAAUGUGUAUUUUAUAAUUAAUGUGGCUUUUUUCUAAAUAUAAAGUUACUGUAGAGAAUUUGGAAAAGGCAGAAACGUAUGAAAAAAAAAAAGAAACAUAAAAUACCCUUGGUCCACUCUCCAGAGAUCAUGACUAUGACACGACUAUGAUGUUUGGUGUUUUCUUAGUCUCUUUCUAAUGCAUUCGUGUCGAUACUUGUUUUACUGAUGGGGAGUAUGCCUUGCCUAAACCUUGUGCCUCCUGAUUGGCAGUGCCACUGUCCACCUGCCCUCUGUGUGGUUUACUUAGCAGCUCUCUCCUCAGACAUUUGUUUCCCACGUUUUCACUGCUAUCUUUGACCCCACUGCAGAGACUUCCUUGGGGUCGAGGUGGACUUUCCAGGUCAAGAAUACUGGGGGUGGGGUGGGACUAAUUUUAAUCACUUCAUUAAUCUUGAAAAAUGCCACUCUUGUCUUUUUUUGCAUUUCUUGGCCUUUUCAUGGGUGACUUCCCUGUAAGCUCUUGCACCCAUUUUUACUGGGUUUGUAAGACCUCUGUGUUGUGUUACAAUCCCUUUCCCUUCGUAUCUGUUUCCUCUAUCGUGAUACAAACCACGGGGCUUUUUUUGGUGGGGGAGGGAAGGUGGGGGGGACU